AGAAUCAUAUSAAAUUACUUUCAAAAGGACUCACCUUCAUCCCGACCACCACCAGAACACCAAAUUUGAAAGAACAAAUCAACAUGCAGAUUCAACAAUACCAUCGACGAUUAAAAUUGGCCUACUUUUACCGCAAUGACACGGACAUCAAAAAAAUUCCCCCAUUUCUACCCCCGUCCAAAUGGGAACCACCUCCACAUCAGACACAUCCAGCUAUACUGGAAUUAAUAGAACAGGACAAAAUUACAAUCAAAAAAAYCCCAGUGGUGGAGGAGAAAAAUAACCUCACAUUGGAGGAAACRGAAGCAUUGGAGGARCUGCAGAACUUGAACUCUAUUGUAAUCAAACCUGCAGACAAGGGUUCCAUGAUUGUUAUCAUGGACAACAUKGAUUACGUUUGGGAGGCCGACAGGCAAUUGRGARAUGAAGAGUACUACAAACCUCUACAAGCACCAAUCUACCCGGAAACACAGAUUAAAAUUGAACAGCUUCUUAAAACUUUAAAGGAGCAAAAAUAUCUGAACCAAAAACAAUUAACAUUUUUGUUGGGCGUGAACCCACCAAGACCGAGAUAUUUCUAUUUACUCCCGAAGGCUCACAAGGAACCUGCAGAAUGGGCCAAACCAUUUAAAGUUCCAAAAGGGAGGCCCAUUAUUUCGGACUGCAGCAGUGAAUCAUAUGGGUCGGCCCAACUCUUGGAUUAUUAUUUAAACCCCUUAUCACAAAAACACACCAGCUACAUUAAGGACACAACUGACUUCCUACAGAAAAUGAGAGAGCACCAAAUUACCAAAGACACYUUCCUCUUCACAAUGGAUGUGGAGAGUCUCUACACAAAUAUUGAGACAGAGAARGGUCUGGAAGCCAUCAAAGAAUGUUUCCAAGAAUACCCGGACCCCUCGAGACCAGACGAAACCCUCCUGGAAUUAUUAAARAUCAAUUUGGAAAGAAAUGAUUUCCUUUUCAAUGAUAAAUGGUACCUACAAAUAAAGGGUACAGCAAUGGGAAAAAGAUUUUCACCAUCUUAUGCAAAUAUCUAUAUGGCAAAGUGGGAAAGGGAUGCCUUCAAAAGCUGCACAAAACUCCCUAGGGCUUUUUAUAGAUAUUUAKAUGACAUCUGGGGCCUCUGGGAUUACAGCAGAGAGGAAUUUGAACAUUUUAACCAAAUAUUGAAUAACCACCACAACUCAAUCAAAAUCACAGCCACCAUAGACAAACAGCAGGUCAUUUUUCUGGACACAGUCACAUUCAAAGGAAAACAUUUUCACAACACAGRCCAAUUGGACAGCAAGAUUCAUUUUAAACCAACAGAUACACACCAACUUCUACACUUUGAUAGCUUUCAUCCCAGACACACAUUUCAAGGGAUAUUAAAAUCCCAACUAAUCAGAUUCAGGAGGAUCUGUUCGAAUGAGGAGGAUAGAGAGGAGGCCUCAACUGUUCUUUUCCGGGCCCUGAUAAAAAGAGGAUACUCUAGAACAUUCUUGAAAAAAAUAAAGAAAGAGGUUUUCCRGGAACCCAAAGAACAACAGAAGGAAAACAAAGAAACACAACCACGCAGAGUGGCCAUCACAGGACCUUACUCAACAUACACAAAAAAGAUCCACCAAGUYUUGAAAACACAUUUUGGACAAUUACAGCAAGAAUUACCCUGCAGCCAAGAAUGGGAAUUAGUUUCGGCCCCACAGAGGAACCCGAAUCUGCGAGAUCUCCUGGUUCGAUCAAAAUUUACAAACAAAAUUAAACCAAACAAGAGACAACAAAAGUUUCCGUAUGUGAAAAGCACCAGCAACAGGAAAUAUUGGCCUUUACCCUCUGGGGUUUCUCCAAGACAGGUUAAUGUGAUAUACUUGAAUCAAACAUAAAUACCCAAAAAAUUCUGAUGAGCUUCCCUUAGCACAUGCAGGGUUAGGGAGAAGGGUGCUUUGUUUUCCUGACGACAGCAGGCAUGAGAAGCUAAUAAAUGACAAUAAUUAUCAUUUACUUAUAAUAUUUCAUGUAUAAUUUAUUUUGUAUUGGUGUUCUUAUAGUCCUAUGCAUUAUAUAUUAACAGAUUGUCAGUCAGUUGGAGGACGAGUUUAUCAAACUUUAAGAACUGAAGUGAAGAUGGAUGUUCCAUAAAGCAUCAGGUGGAGGAGGUCAAAGGAAAUUGUCAAUAAUCCCAGUGGAUGCUGAAGGGUACAGCGUCAAGCUGCUCCGUUCGGCUUCAAAUAAUGGGAAAAUAGUCCUCUUCCUGGUGCCCCUCCAGGAAGAAAUGGACACAAGUCCACUUCCGUUUGAUGCGGAGGAGUUUGCCAAAAUGCCUCAGGUGCCCUGUGUGCCUUGUGGUAUAACAAAGCCUCUUCAGAUGCUGGCGUUACAUGCUGGGUCUUACGGAAAAAUUACAGAACAGGGAGGGAGCUUUGGAAAUACACCCAGAAAUGCCAGGACCAUCAUCAACAACUUCAGGAACUUCUUAUUCUGCAGAACCUAGAAGUACUGAAGAAUGGAAAACAGUUGGAGAUCCACAGAAGGCUGUUGAGCUGUUUGUCAAAACAACUGAAGCAAGUAGGAGUUAACCAGAGGACACUUGUUCUCACUCUGGAUGUGAUGGACACCGAUGAAAAACACGACUGUUAGGUUAAUUGGUUUCUCUAAAUUCUCCCUAGGUGUGUGUGUGCAUGGUUGUUUGUCCUUUCCGUCUCU